AUGGCUUCAAGCAACGAUACCGUUGUUCUUCCAGCACCAGCCCAGGAUCAAACAUACGUUACCAUCUCAGCCCUCGAAGCCGGUCAACUUACCCUUCCCGAGAGACUCUUCGUUACAGAUGCCGAUCCAGAAAGACGUGCGACAGUCCCAUCUCUCUCUUUCUUGAUUCGACACGGUUCAUCAAAUCUCGUCUUCGAUCUCGGUCUCAAACGCGACUUCUCUGGCUACCGGGAAGCACAACAGCAUCAUAUAGCGCAACGCCAGCCUACCAGUGUCAGUCCGGAUGCAGCUGAGAGCCUGCGAAAAGGUGGAAUUGACCCAAAAGACGUGGACGUGGUGAUGCUGAGUCAUGUUCACUGGGACCAUGUGGGUACACCGAGCGAUUUCACAAAAGCGCGAUUUGUGGUCGGAAGUGGAACUAUGCAUCUUCUUGCGAACGGCGGUGGACCACUUUAUCCGUCCGAGAUAUUCAACCCUGAUGAAUUGCCUGCCGACCGAACGAGCGAGCUACCACCUGUUCGCAAGGCAGAAGCUCUACGCGCAUUCAAAAACCAGACAAAAGAACUUGCGUGGAAGCCGCUGGCGGGGUUUCCCGCCUCCAUAGACUUCUAUGGAGAUGGAUCGUUAUUCAUCAUCGAUGCGCCAGGGCACUUGUUCGGACAUAUCAACCUUCUCGCCCGAACAGGGCCAAAGAAAUGGGUAUACCUUGGUGGCGAUUGUUGUCAUGACCCACGCAUCUUGAGAGGCGAGAAGGGUAUCGCGCUCUACGACGAUGGGAAAGGCGUCGAGGAACGCAGGGCCGAACUCGAACGGCGAGAAAACAAAAUCAAGGAGCGCCAAGUUGAGCUCCAGAAAUGCAGGGCGCGACUCCAGGAAGCCGAGACUCAGGUGGAUGUUGCUCGAAGCUGUCUUGCCACUAUGGGGCAGAACAACUACGUAACACAUCAGUACACCGCGGAGACGAACGACGUCUAUGCAGACACGGAUCAUGAUAGACUCUCGAGUCACCCGGCGCCCCCUCCUUAUUCGCCUCCCAACGAUCUCGAUCACGAAAGGAUACCAGCAGCAAGUGACGCGCCGAUAGACGGAGACACAGAUCAACUACACCAGAGAGAGCGCGAUCAUGGAAGCAGCGACUCUGAUAACAGCAGCGAUGAACGCGACUACCAUGAGCGGAGGAGAAAACUCAUCGCAGAACUUCUCCCUCUUUACAGGGAGAUUGGCAAGUCAAAGAGUGAGCUGACGAAACGCAAAAGAGAAGCACGGGCGCCCCAGGAGAUGAUCGGACUGCUUCGAAGACACAUCAGCCUCAUGGAACAAGCGAUGGGUCCGCUGAAGCAGUUGGCGUUCGAUGUUGGGGAGUUCGAUCCUCUAGUUGAUACCGCGAUAGAGGCCGUUACUGGAGGACCGAUGUCCCUAGGAUGGUGA